UGUAGAUUCCUUUGUAGAUAUACAUGGAGCUUUAUUCAUCUUUGAUUUCUUAGCUGAUUUCUCAUAGAAAACUGUCACUUAAUCCUUCUUUCACUGUUAUUGCCGAGACACAUGUCAUUAACAGGAAACAAGCGACUUAAUUUAGUUUCUUUAGGUUAUAUAUAUUUUAAUUACAGGUUACACGUUGUCACUCAUUUCACGAUUUUAAUUUAAUUUUCCUUGUGAUCGAUCACAUAUUCUUCAACUAUUGGCGUAUCGUGUACAUAUUGAGAUGAUUACAAUUGCGUAGAAUAAUCUGGGCUCCGAUUUGAUUUCAAUACGUUGAAGAAACAUGUAUCAAUGGAGGAAAUUCGAGUUCUUUGAGGAGAAGUACGCCGGAAAAUGUUUGGUCCCGGAUGAAGUCGCCGGAAAAAUCGAGUGUUGCUCCAGCGGAAGGGGGAAAAUCGCGGUGGGAUGUGAAGAUGGGACUGUUAGUUUACUAGAUCGAGGUUUUAAGUUCAGCUAUGGAUUCCAAGCUCACACUUCCUCUGUUUUAUUCAUUCAACAACUCAAGCAACGCAACUUCCUACUAACUGUUGGAGAAGAUGAACAAAUAUCUCCACAAUUAUCGUCUGUAUGCCUCAAGGUUUUUGACCUAGAUAAAACUCAACCAGAGGGUACAAGCACACCAAUUCCUGAUUGUAUCCAAACACUACGAAUAUUCACAAAUCAAUUCCCAGAAGCAAAGAUAACAUCAUUUCUAGUUCUAGAAGAAGCUCCACCAAUAUUGUUGAUAGCUAUUGGACUAGACAAUGGUUGCAUUUAUUGCAUCCAAGGUGAUAUUGCACGUGAACGUGUCAAACGAUUCAUGCUUCAAGUGGAGAAAAGUCAAGAUAAAUCCGAAUGUGGUAUUACUGGAAUGGGUUUUCGUGUUGAUGGGAAAGCUUUUCAUUUGUUUGCAGUUACUCCAACUUCUGUAAGCUUGUUUAACUUGCACACUCAGCCAGCUGGUCGACAAACCCUAGACCACAUUGGGAGUAAUGUCAAUAGUGUCGCCAUGAAUGAUCGCCUGGAGCUUAUCAUUGGUCGACCCGAGGCAAUAUAUUUCUAUGAAGUUGAUGGUAGAGGUCCAUGUUGGGCUUUUGAAGGAGAAAAAAAGUUACUCUGGUGGUUUCAUGGAUACCUCUUAUGUGUAAUUGCAGACCAAAGAAGUGGCUCAAACACCUUCAACAUCUAUGACCUCAAAAACCGUUUAAUCGCACACAGUAUAGUUAUAGCAACCAAAGAAGUCUCCCAUAUGCUUUGUGAAUGGGGAAGCAUCCUCCUUAUCAUGAACGAUAAAUCGGCUUUAUGUAUUGGAGAAAAAGACAUGGAAAGCAAACUCGACAUGCUUUUCAAAAAAAACCUUUACACAGUCGCCAUUAAUCUUGUUCAAAGUCAACAAGCUGAUGCAGCUGCAACUGCUGAAGUUUUAAGAAAAUAUGGUGAUCAUUUAUACAUGAAGCAAGAUUUUGAUGAAGCCAUGAGUCAAUACAUUCAUACAAUUGGUCAUCUUGAACCUUCUUAUGUCAUCCAGAAGUUUCUAGAUGCACAAAGAAUCUACAACCUUACAAAUUACCUCGAGAAGCUACACGAAAAGGGUCUCGCGUCAAAAGACCAUACUACCCUUCUCUUAAACUGUUCCUCCAAAUUGAAAGAUGUUGACAAGUUGAAUGUUUUCAUCGAAAGUGAAGAUGGUGAGAUUAAUUUGGUGAGAUUAAGCAAAUGUACUGCAUGUACUUUCACACUCGAUCUGCCAGCUGUCCACUUCAUGUGUAUGCAUUCUUUUCAUCAACGUUGUCUUGGAGACAAUGAAAAAGAAUGUCCCGAAUGUGCCUUUGAGUACAGAUCUGUUCUUGAAAUGAAAAGAAACUUGGAACAAAAUUCCAAGAAUCAAGAUUAG